CAGGGCGUACUGGCGGUCAGAGGCAGGGGCCGAUCACUUGGGAGACAGGAGCCCUCUUCUACCAGAAGACCCAGACAACAGGGAAACCAAGCCCGUGCAGGUGGCGGAUGUGCCUAUGAGCACAAUGGAGGUGUUCCAUGCCGCUGCGGUGUUCUCUGUGUUGUGGUUCCUGGGUAACUAUGCCUUCAACCUGGCACUAUCUCUGACCAGCGUGUCGUCCGUCACUAUCAUCAGUUCCACUUCAGGUUUCUGGACGAUGUUGCUAGAGCAUAUGCUUCUGCGUACGGACGAUAAGCGUUUCUCUCUGGUAAAGAUCGUCUUCAUUAUCAUGUCCAUUGGUGGCGUUGUCAUGGUAACCAUGUCUGACGCCCAGCACUCCGCGGACGAUCCGUCAGCCGCACCCGAACCAACCAAUGAAAACAACGGCCUGGAAUGGGUGGCGGUGGGUGAUAUGAUUGCCCUGUUGUCGGCUGCACUGUACGGUGUAUACCUGGUGUUCCUGGAGCGUCGUAUCAAAUCCGACAAGCGCCUGGACAUGACCAUGUUCUUUGGGUUUGUGGGCGUGUGCAGCGCCUUUCUGCUGUGGCCCUGGUUCUUUAUCCUGCACUUCACGGGUCUGGAAGUGUUCACAUGGCCUGCUGCCAGCACGUGGGGUUAUCUGACCCUCAACGCGCUGAUUGGCACGGUAUUGAGCGACUACCUGUGGCUCUAUGCCACUCUGUUGACCACGCCUGUUGUGUCUACGCUCGCCCUGUCACUGACCAUCCCCUUGGCGUUGGUUGUGGACUCGUUCACAAAGAGUAUUGUCAUGGACGGCAUGUUCAUUUGGGGCAGCGUGCUGGUGCUGGUAGCCUUUGUGGGUAUGAAUAUGGCCUCGGAUAUGACUCUCGUCAAGCACGCGUUCUUGGGACUGGAGAAAGUGGUAGGUAGGAAAAUGGCCAAAGUCUUAACAGGACACCGCAGUGAGGCGUGAAAGUGAGUGCACCCCUCGUGUUAAGGGUUUUAGGGUCUUGGACACCCGCACCAAUUAGAGUGCAUGCACGCAGGUAUGCGGGAAAGUUAACGUUACGCUCUGUCCGGGGUCUCCCUGGAUGCCGUAUGUACUGUAACACAGAUGUGUUUCACCGUAUCCAAUUUACCUAGCUGUCAAUUGUACAUAGUAUAGUGGCACCUAUAUUCGAUGCCAGAGGACUACGAAAGGGCAAGAGAAGAACAUACACCGGGCAGACGCAAGAGCGCCCAGGGCAGCACGUAAGUCACGUAAAUAUUAGAACGUAUGAGGUUUAACCAAUAAGAUUUUAGAAUAAAUAAUGGAA